AGUGUUUUGGAAAUGUCGGACGUCGCACGGAGUCGGUCGAUUUGUCAAUUCGUUAGUCACCGCGUCGACAUUUUUCCAGUUCUCACGCUUUGAAUCCGCUCCAAGUUCCAUUUUUUCAAGUUUCGCGCAAUCCCGACAUUCGGAUUUGCAAAUAUGAAUGAAAUAGUUGCCGCGUUGUGAGUGGAGACGUCGCUAAAACCGAGAAUAAAUGAGAUUUUGACAUCGAACCGAGUCCGCAGUUUUGUGUGUUCGCCUGACAAGAGAAAUUCCUAUGCAAAUAUUUUUGCGUUUACGACGGCGGUGUCAGUGGUUUUCAAUUGUUUUGUUGGGCCAGCGUUCUUCAUUUGGUCGUGGUGCGGUUGAGUUUGGUUGUAACUUUUCGAGUGCCUGAUUGUGUGGUUCCUGCGACACCCACGUUGCUGUUGACUUCCGUGUGAAGAAAAAGAGUUUCCCUGCUGUGUAGCGGAGCCCGCCUGCAUCUAAUAUGGCCAGACUCACGGAGGAGAUGGUGAUCGCCAGGUCACGACAGUCCGACCUCGGCUCAAUCAAGAAGCUCAACUGCUGGGGAAGUGAUUUGAGCGAUGUGUCCAUAAUUCGGCGAAUGCGUGGGGUCGAAGUGCUGGCAUUGAGUGUAAAUAAAAUUACCAGCCUAGCCGACUUUGAAGACUGCCGAAACCUUCAGGAACUUUAUUUACGUAAAAAUAAUAUUCAAGAUAUAAACGAAAUCGCAUACCUCCAAGCACUUCCUAAACUGAAAUAUCUGUGGCUGGAAGAGAAUCCGUGUUGUGAUAGUGCGGGUCCACACUAUCGAUCGAUAGUCCUACGAGCAUUGCCAAACCUGAAGAAGCUAGAUAACAAAGAUGUUACACCUGAAGAAAUUCAAGAAGCCAUGCGUGGCGGUCCAACACAGCGUGAGGAAGAGAUCUACGAAGAUGCACAGCCACAGCAGCAACAACCGUCACCGCCUCAGCAACAGCAGCAGCAGCAACAGCAACAAGAAUAUUACCAACAGCAACAGCAGCAGCAACAACAACAGCGGAGAAGUCAAAGCCCUGUUAAAGAGCACACACAGACUCCUAGUGUGGAAAAUACGGAGGAGUGUUUUAGUGAUCCGAUAAAUCAAGCAUCAAUACCAUCAUCACCACUUCAGCGGACACCACCCAAUCAGGAUUACCCAACAAAUGAACCAGCUCACCCGCCAUCGCCAAAAUACAACAGGGAUAAUAGAAAUUCAUAUCAUCAAUACGACAGGUCACCGGGAUCCGAUGAUCAUGAAAGUCCAGUCGGUGGAGGCUAUCGAGAUCGAGGUCCAAUACCACCAAGUAUGUCAUCACAUUCAAUGAAGGAAUAUUAUCAAUCGGACUACCAACGAUCUGCACAUCCUGCCCAUUACAGACAUAGCCAAACGGAUCUUACGGAAUGGGAUGAACAGCAUCAGUACAAUGGUCAUAACCAACAACGAAGAAGUGCUGGUGAAGAUAGGUACGCAUAUAGAAACGGAAAUUGUCCUAGGGAACGAGAAGAAUGGGAGGAUGGCGAUAGACCAAGAAAUAGACGUAACGAAGGACGAUUUAGUGAUACUGCAAGCGUUGUGUCAAAUGCCGUUCUGAAUCAUUAUGCUGGAUAUCACAGGCGACCUGUGAACCGGAAUUCAAAUUUACUAUCUGCCACUUUGUGUCUUGUGAAAGAAUUGGAUUAUCCUAGCUUAGAAGUGGUUGAGCAUGCCGUUCGCUGCCGUAUUGAUGAAUUAUCGGCUGAAUGAUGAUGACUAAGAAGAAUGCAACAUAAACAAUACUCGUCAUAACCACAUAACAAGUUUCGAUUUUAAUUCUUUUGUAAUAUUUCUUUAUGCAUCCUGUAUGCACGAGUUCGUUCAUCCAACAUUCGGAGUUUAUCUUCUUCGAUAACAACACGAAAACAUCAACACCGAGGUGGUUGUUCCACCAAAACAGAGCAAUCCUACAAUUGUCCUGGGAAAUAUUUUCUUUGAAUUUGACGUUGAAACUGUUCCCUUGGCUAAAACUUUUGGUCGAAUUAUUUGCAGACUCAGGUACGUUUAGCAAGUAACACUUAAAAAUGUCCACUAAACCAACUGUAACUACGUCUCGAUGACUAAUAGCUAUAAUAGUAAAAUAUGAAUACAAAAUAAGCAGCAACACAUUAGUAACUACAAUUGAUAGAAAACUAUACAUAAACGUGGGAUACAUGAAAACAUUUAUACAAGAUAAGAGUCGGAGAACUUGCCAAUUUGUAUAAGACCUAGGAUUUUUGUAUUUAUUCAUUAAAUAAAUGAACUAGUGGAAAAAAUGUAUGCUGAAUGAUGCAUGUAGGUUAAAACCUAACAAACCAAGACAUUACGAUUAAAUCUAGUGCAAUAAGUUUUCAAAACAAUAGCAAAAUUGAAUUAUUUUACUUAUAAUAAUUUUAUCGGUUCGUUUCGGGUUAAGUUAACAUCAAAGAUAUCGUACUUGUUAAGGAACAUUCAAAAUGAAAUAAUGAGAAAACCCCGCUUGGGGCUGUUUCAAGCUUUUAUGAAAUAUAUUUUAACAAAUUUUAUAUGUUUAGUUUAACUUUAUUAAAACUAAAUUUUAAGUUAGUCAUUAACUGCCGGGAUAUUGUAAAUAAUCGUGUUUUACAACUAAAACGAAAAGAAAAUUCUACAUUGAAAGCAAAUACCAUGCAAGAUGCAAAAUGUUAUCACUUACAUAUAGCCUUAAUACUAGUACUCAAUAAGUUGCUCAUCGCACAACUAAAUUGUCAACAAAUCUAUAAAUAAUAUCUGAUUGUUAAAUAUUUUUUCUAAUACAAAUACUUAACUAAGUUGCAAAACUAAGUGUUAGCGAAAUAUCCAAGAUUCUUAGCGGAUAUUUAUCAAUAUAUUGCAAAUAUGAAGGUGUAUAUGAUACUAUAGAAUCGGUCUAUUUCGUCCAAUCUAAUUUUAAUUAUAUUAAUUACUGAUACUACGCUGUUUGCAAUUGUUGCUUUCUUAAAUUUUAUUCAAUGCUAAAAUGUUUCACAUAUAAUUAUAUGUAUAGACUUACGAUAACUGAUAAAAAUUAUUUGCUUACUUAACGGUUAAACUGUAUAAUGAUGAAGAACUACAAGACAAAAUGAUAAUAGAUGAGAUACGAUGUCAACAAACAAUUGAAUAAAUGCUAAUAUGUUUUUUAACAGAGAA